AUGGAAGCGUCUGGGAAGAAUGCGAUCAUCCUUGCAGGCGAUGCUAACGGAGAUAUAGAGUCUGGGAUUUGCAGAGAAAUGGUCGUGACAAAUCGUCUCUCGCGGCUCGAGUCGGCAAUCCAGCGCAUCGAAGGCAAGGUGAAUGCGGUGUUUGAGGCGACGAAAUCUCCAUCGCCACCAUCUCCUCCGCCACCAAAGAAGCGCUUCUUCGGCGGGAUUGUCACUCACCACCAAGCGUGGUGGCUGCUAAUCUUGCCGCUUAACAUCGCUUGCAUGGGCAUUGUGCUUGGAGGGGAUCGGACGCGCGCGGAUCGAGCGGAGCUGGCCACUACCCUGGCCCUGGCCAACCUCGUGGCCACCGUGGCCAUCCGGGACGGUACGGUCCUCCUCUGGCUCUACAAGGCCGUGGUUCGAAUCCCCUGGCAGAAGUAUUUCUUCAACCGGAUGCUCCACUGCAAUGGUGGCAUCCACACCGGCUGCGCGCUCAUGCUGCUCGUGUGGGCGAUCAUCGCCCUCGUCGAGACGGGCAGCGGCGAUCCGGUCGAUUGCGCGCUCCUCGCGAUGCUCUGCGCCGGCCUCCUCGCGAUGAUGCUCCUGGCGGUCCAGCCGCUGCGCGAGCGGCACCACAAUCUCUUCGAGACGGUUCACAGGUACCUAGGGUGGACGCUCCUCGUGCUGCUCGCUGCGAUCCUCGUCAAGGAAUUCACGGACAUGAGGUGGAGACUGUCCGCGGCGGCGAUCGGCAGCGCGGUUCUCAUGGGGAUCGCGCUGAUCUUGGUGUUCUACUCGUGGUUCCUGAUCGAGCGCCAGGACGUGGAGGUGAGAUCCGGGCGAGAGGGAAACAUCGUGGUGGUGAAGAUCAAGGGAAAGGCUCGAGCUGGCGCGUUUGCGAAGAUCUCCUUCAAUCUCGUCGAGUGGCACGCCUUCUCGGUGGCAUUCAGCAACAGGGAGAGUGGAUCCUACGGCCUCAUUGUCGGCGUCGCGGGCGAUUGGACCAAGAUGCUCGCGCAGAAGUGCACGCCACUGGAGAGGAUCAUGAGCAGUGCGUCUAGCUUGAGGAAAUCGCUCAGCAGGGCAUCGAGCUUGAGAAUGAUGAACAGGGCUUCCAGCAUGAGGAAGAUCAGCGAGGAGCACAGUACCAUCUCGGCAGAGGAUCUGAUCUCGGCUCCGCCGCCGCCGCCCACCGAUCAAGGGAUCCAAAACCAGACGGUGAGGGCGUUCAUCCGGUGGCACCGCCCACUCGGGUUCAUGUACUCUGUCUAUGCCUACAAGAGAGUGAUCUGCGUGGGCACUGGGGCUGGAAUUGCCCCAAUCCUCCCACACAUUGGCAGCGAUCGCGUCGCCAUGCACGUCGUCUGGAUCGCCAAGAAGCACCGGGAGAUUUAUGGGGACGAGAUUUGCGACCGCGUGUUCCAGCAUCCCCACACGAUCUAUGACACCUCCAAGCAGGGGCGGCCCAGGCCGGAGAUCGCAUUGCUGGAUUACGAGGAGUUUCAUCCAGAGGCCAUCUUCAUUGUCUCAAAUGCGCCCUUUACAGAGGCCGUCCGCGAUGUGUGCAAGAACAAGCAAAUUCCCGCCUUUGGUGCUGUCUUCGAUUCGUAA